AGCAGUAGUCACACCGAACCCGCAGUCCAAGCGCAAGAGCACUUGUGCACUUGCUUCUUGAACAUGCCCACAAGAAGUGCAACCGUGCAAGGAGAUCUCCAUUAUACCCUCCCAUACUGGCCACUGCCACUAGCCUCAAGAGUGCAAGGAGAAUAUAUACUCCUCCUCCAUUGCUCCUCACUUCCCGUGCAGUAGACCACUUGCUGUGACAGGGUUAGCCAUGGCCGCAAGGAGGGCCGCUUCCUCCUUCCUCUCGCGCCGCGGCCUCCUCGCGAAGCCUCCCGCCGACUCUCUUCUCGGAGCAGACAAUGCACGGCGCUUGUUGCCCGGGGCCGUUUACAGGUUCAGCACCGCACCGGCCGCCGCCGACGACGAGCAGCCGAUCAAACCACCCGUGGAGGUCAAGUACACGCAGCUCCUCAUCAACGGCAACUUCGUCGAUGCAGCAUCUGGAAGGACGUUCCCGACGGUGGACCCCCGCACCGGCGAGGUCAUCGCGCGCGUGGCCGAGGGCGACACCGAGGACAUCGACCACGCCGUCGCCGCCGCCCGCAGGGCCUUCGACGAGGGCCCCUGGCCGAGGAUGACCGCCUACGACCGGUGCCGGGUGCUGCUGCGGUUCGCGGACCUGAUGGAGCGGCACAACGACGAGAUCGCGGCGCUGGAGUCGUGGGACGGCGGAAAGCCGCUGGAGCAGUCCGCCGGCGGGGAGGUGCCCAUGGCGGCGCGCUGCAUGCGGUACUACGCCGGGUGGGCGGACAAGAUCCACGGCAUGGUGGUGCCGGCCGACGGCCCGCACCACGUCCAGGUGCUGCGCGAGCCCAUCGGCGUCGCCGGCCAGAUCAUCCCCUGGAACUUCCCGCUGCUCAUGUUCGCCUGGAAGGUCGGCCCGGCGCUCGCCUGCGGCAACGCCGUCGUGCUCAAGACCGCCGAGCAGACGCCGCUCUCCGCGCUCUACGUCGCCAGCCUCCUCCACGAGGCCGGCCUCCCGGACGGCGUCCUCAACGUCGUCCCCGGCUUCGGCCCCACGGCCGGCGCCGCGCUGUGUAGCCACAUGGGCGUCGACAAGCUGGCGUUCACCGGAUCGACUGGCACGGGCAAGAUUAUUCUGGAGCUGGCGGCGAGUAGCAACCUGAAGCCGGUGACGCUGGAGCUCGGCGGCAAGUCUCCGUUCAUCGUCAUGGACGACGCCGAUGUCGACCAGGCCGUCGAGCUCGCGCACCGCGCGCUCUUCUUUAACCAGGGGCAAUGCUGCUGCGCUGGGUCUCGGACGUUCGUGCACGAGAGCGUGUACGACGAGUUCGUGGAGAAGUCCAAGGCUCGCGCUCAGAGGCGCGUGGUCGGCGACCCCUUCAAGAAAGGUGUCGAGCAGGGACCUCAGAUCGAUGGCCAGCAGUUCAAGAAGAUUCUGGGCUACGUCAAGUCGGGCGUCGACAGCGGCGCCACCCUCGUCACCGGCGGCGACAGGGUAGGCAGCAGGGGCUUCUACAUCCAGCCGACGGUCUUUGCAGACGUCGAGGACGAGAUGAAGAUCGCUCAGGAGGAGAUAUUCGGGCCCAUCCAGUCCAUCCUCAAGUUCAGGGAGGUGGGGGAGGUGGUGAGGAGGGCGAACGCGACGCACUACGGGCUGGCGGCGGGGGUGUUCACGAGGAGCCUGGACACGGCGAACGCGGUAGCGCGGGCGCUGAGGGCGGGGACGGUGUGGGUCAACUGCUACAACGUGUUCGACGCGGCCAUCCCCUUCGGCGGGUACAAGAUGAGCGGCGUGGGGCGGGAGAAGGGCGCCUACAGCCUCGGCAACUACCUCCAGACCAAGGCCGUCGUCGCGCCCCUCAGGGACCCGGCUUGGUUGUAGCGGCGAAACGUACCGUCGUCCUCCGGCAAUACCAUAGGAGGCGGGAAGGACACCGGCAACAAGGCCGGCGAACUCUUAACUUAACCCUGCCUUUGAAUAAACGGUGUCGUCAGCUUCUGGCU